AUGAUGCAAAUUAACCUUCUUGUCUUUCUCUCUUGCGACCCGACUUUUUUUUUCAGCUGCACAGUCUUCACUGUUUUAUUUUUUUAUUCGCUUUCUUUUGUUAGUAUUUUUCCAUUCCUCUUUUUCUUUUCUUUCAUUUGUCGUUUCUUCUUCUUCUUCUUCUUCUUCUUCUUCUUCUUCUUCUUUUCUUCCAUUCUUUUUUUCUUCCUCUUCUUCUUCUUCUUCUUCCACCUUCGACUUCUGUCCCCGACUCCUCCUUCUCCACAUUCUUCUUCUUCUUCUUCUUUCUUUCUUUCUUUCUUUCUUUCUUUCUUUCUUUCUUUCCGUUUCUACAUUCCCCAUUUCUUUUUUUCUUUCUUUCUUUCUUUCUUUUUCUCCAUUUCCCUUUCUUUCUUUCUUUCUUUCUUUCUUUCUUUCUUUCUUUCUUUCCGUUUCUCCAUUUCCCUUUCCAUUUCUUUCUUUCUUUCCGUUUCUCCAUUUCUUUCUUUCUUUUUCUCCAUUUCCCUUUCUUUCUUUCUUUCUUUCUUUCUUUCUUUCUUUCUUUCUUUCUUUCUUUCUUUCCGUUUCUCCUUUUCCAUUUCUUUCUUUCUUUCUUUCCAUUUCCCUUUUCUUUCUUUCUUUCUUUCUUUCUUUCUUUCCGUUUCUCCAUCUCCAUUUCCAUUUCUUUCUUUCUUUCCUUCUUUCUUUAAUUCUUUCUUUAAUUCUUUCUUUUUCUCCAUUUCCUUUCUUUCUUUCUUUCUUUCUUUCUUUCUUUCUUUCUUUCUUUCUUUUUUUCUCCAUCUCCAUUUCCAUUUCUUUCUUUCUUUCCUUCUUUCUUUCUUUCUUUCUUUAAUUCUUUCUUUAAUUCUUUCUUUUUCUCCAUUUCCCUUUCUUUCUUUCUUUCUUUCUUUCUUUCUUUCCGUUUCUCCAUUUCCAUUUCUUUCUUUCUUUCUUUCUUUUUCUCCAUUUCCCUUUCUUUCUUUCUUUCUUUCUUUCUUUCUUUCUUUCUUUCCGUUUCUCAUUAUGCCGUGCUUUCUCGGCCAUUGCAAUUAUCCCCCAGUUUUGUAA